AUGGGCGGAUCGAGGCUGCGGCUCGAGCUGUUUUUGCGCUCCAUUGCAGCACGCCCUGAUCUCGCUCGUUCAGUCAAAGCAGUCGCUCUAGAUCCAUUUUUCACUACAACUCUGGAUUUCUUUGCGAGUCGGGAUGCCUUUGAAGAUUGCGCGCAUGCGCUUGGCACCAGCGCCCUUGACAUCUGGAGGCAGACAGAGCAUGCCUAUCGGGCCAACCCACAAACCCAGCAUCAGGGCUAUGAGGCAUUCUUCGUAAGAGAUGCUGACCCUGGUAACUGGGCUCAGCGCUCGUCUAUCCCCUUUCUCGCCAGCCAGCUCCUUACAAUGCUAGUUGCCUUGUCGCCCAACCUGAGCUACCUCAAGGUAAUCAGUGGCAUGGAUCAACUUGACCUAUCUCGAGCAACCUCGAAUGCAAUUGGUCUCACCAGGCUACCUCUCAAGACUCUUGAUUCAACGCUUCGCUUUGAAUCUCUCUUAGAACUGUCGCCAGAUAUAGGGGCUCUAGUAUGCCGAUAUGCGCUUCCCCGGGGCAGCUUUCCUAACGUCCAAUCGCUCGUCGCCAUCGUCCGCCACGACCCCUCUCAAGGCCCUCUCGCCGUCACGAAUCUUCUGUCUGCAUGUACUGGCCAUGUCUCUAAUUUUUCGUAUAGAGCAGCCAAUCCGACGCUCACAGCCGUGGGGAUUGUCCGCUUCCUCAGCACUGAAAAGCUACACGCCACUCUUGAGUCAAUCCAUAUCGACUGCCGAUGGCAUAAUUUCACCGCUCAGAAUCGUGUCAUGCCGAACUUCAGACCGUUUCUAAAUCUACGGGCUCUCUUGCUCAGCAUCUGCCUCGUGCAUGCGGAUAUAGACUCCGAUAGCCAAACCCUUGCGAGCAUGCUCCCUGCCAGUAUUACGUCCCUGACGCUCGUGGGUAAUGGCGUGGCAACAUCAUACUCUUUCCUUCAAGACAAAUACGUCCGUCGCCUCCGAGGCCAACUCAUGGGUCUCGCUGAAGCAAAAGCAGAAGGCUCGGGUUUCGAGCACCUGACUCUAGUAAGAUGCGAUUCCUCCCUCGUGUGCAGCCGAUAUGUGAGGGGCAGGUUCAAGCGGGUUGGUGUUGAUCUCGUGUAUCAAGAGUUCCCGAGGCCGGACUUUGAUUUUCAGGACGUGUAUCCUCAGUACAUGCCAAUACCAGACGGUCUGGACCAGCCACUACCGGGGUCAGAUGAUGAUGAUCUAUAG